UUUCGUUCAAUUGAACGGAGCUGCACAACUCUUAUUUGAGUGGAUGAUUUAGUGCAAAGAAAAAUUCAUAAACAAAACGUUGUUAAAGUAAAUAAUGGCGGACUACGAUAAUGUACGCAUAAAAAAGUUGGUCUUGAAAGGAGAGAAACACAAGAAAAGUAAGAAACGCAAGAAGGAAAAGGAGCACAAGGACGACGACACCGCCAAGCGAAGCAAGUUGAUCAUCGAUGAGGAUGCCAUUCAGCACGGCGGUUGGUGGACGGCGACGAGCGCAACAAACAUUGUUGGUGCGGUGGCCAUCGAAUUUGGCGAACGCUGCUAUUUAAAAGCUCUGGACAACGGAUUGUUUACUUUGGGCGCCCCACACAAUCCCGGGGAUGUUCCGGAUCCCGAAGAGAUUUUCACAGCGUUUCCAAUCAACGAUCGCAAGGUGUCCUUCAAAUCUGGCUAUGGAAAAUAUCUAAAGAUUGAAAAGGACGGCAUGGUUACGGGUCGUUCAGAGGCUGUUGGUAGCAUGGAGCAAUGGGAACCUGUCUUCGAGGGCAAGCAAAUGGCACUGCUGUCGGAAACGGGACACUUCAUGUCCAUUGACCCGGAGGACGAUGCCUGCGUUGCUCUGCAUAAGAAAGUGGGACAACAGGAAAUAUGUCGCGUGCGCACCAAUGCAGCCCGAGAUGUGGUUAUUGACGAGCAGCCAAAGGAAGAGAAAGGCGAUCUGGGCGAAGUAGAGAAAAACUAUGUCAAAAAGUUUCAAAAGUUCCAGGAUAAGAAGAUGCGCAUUAGCCAGAACGAUGUGAAGGAGCUCGAGGAAGCCAAGGCACAAGGGCUGCUGCAUGAGACGCUUCUGGACAGGCGUAGUAAAAUGAAAGCUGAUCGUUAUUGCAAAUAAAUCAUUUUAAUCUAAUUUAUCAAACAUAAAAUUCCAUAAAUUGAAAACUAGCAAUUUAA